UGAAGAAAGAAAAGAUGGUGAUGGAGUGGAGGGGCAUGGAGGGGUAAAGCGAAUGGCCGGGUCCCACUUCACUCGACCCCACACGACGACAUCAUCAUCAUCAUCAUCGCUCUGCAAUCAAUCGCGUCCAGCAACACCAACCUUUGACAUCCAACUUGUUACGCACAAAAUGUCCAAAGAGGACGACAACACCACGCGUCAAGCUCUGCUACGAGCCUCCAAGCCUCCGCCAAAUGAUUUGUUUGCAACUCUCAUCACCGCAAACCACAUCCUCCACUACCACAAUGUAGUCGACGCCUACGGCCACAUAUCCGUCCGCUCCCCCCAAGACCCCACAACCUUCUACCUCUCCAGAUCCCUCGCGCCCGCUCUAGUCUCCUCUCGCGCAGACAUAGAGCACUACAACAUCUCCGACGCCUCCCCCGUCUCCACCGACAGUUCCACCGCACCAAAAGGCUACGUCGAACGCUUCAUCCACUCCGAAAUCUACAAAAAGUACCCCGGCGUGCACAGCGUCGUGCACAGCCACGCGGAAGCCGUGCUGCCCUUCAGCAUAAGCAGUACGCCCCUGCGCCCCGUCUUCCACAUGGGAGGCGUGAUGGGCGGCAGCCCCGCGGUGCCGGUGUGGGAUAUUGCGGCGCAUUACAAGGGCUCCGCGGACGAGGUGCAGGCGCUGCUGGUGGGUAAUGAGCAGCUAGGCGCAGCGCUAGCGGCGGGCUUCAAUGCCGCGCCUCCGGACCCUUCGUCGGGGAUGAUGGCCAAGGGCGUGGCGAAGGGGUAUAAUAUCGUCAAAGGGCUGGUGACGAAGCAGGACUCCGAUUUCCCUUCUAGUCCUACGGUUCUCAUGCGCGGACACGGUUUCACGUGCGUGGGGACGCGAAUCGAAGAGGCUGUCUAUCGCGCUGUGUACACUGCUACAAACGCGCGGGUGCAGACUACCGCGCUGCUGAUGCAAGGGACGUUCAAUCUAGGAUUGGUGGCGGAGGGGUUGGCGGGGAAGAAAGGGGAGGAGGGCGAGGCGAAGGGGCUGAAGGUGGAGGAGAUUCGGUACUUGAGCGAGAGGGAAUGUGGUGAUUCGUGGAAGGCGUUGUCGGCGAAUGCGGAGCGGCCUUGGAAGUUGUGGUGCGAGGAGGUGAAGGUGGGGGGUCUGUAUAGGAAUGAGCUGCUGGAGUGAGACGUUGGCUGGGUGUGACGGGUGUGACUGCUACGAUGUAUGACUAUUGCACGAUUGUGAUGAUGAUACAGUAUGAAGGGUAGG